AUGGAUAGCGGAACAGACGAGGAGGAACCGUCGGAGACCGUGCAUAUCACAGAAAACAAUUUCGAUAUUGCACCAUUUCAGAUCAAACCGAGAGAUGUGAUCUAUUUCGACUUUCACUGUGUGGACGAAGAUCCGGAAAUAUGCUUUUUUACAUUCCCGAUCGAUCUGACUGAAAUGGAAGGUAAAGUUGUGAUGAAAAUCGCCGGUCGUGCUAAACAUGUAAUGUGCGGUCCGUUUUCAGUCAAUUUAAAUUUCUAUAUGUGA